AUGGCCAACACUGCCCAGACAGGGAGGCAUGGUCCCUGGAAUGGAGCAGCCACCUGUGCUGAUCGGUGGCUGUCACCCCAGCAGGGCUGGCCAGGCCUGGAGGUAGCUGAGUGCCCCGACAUGGCCACAGUCCGUUCCCUAACAUGGCCGCACCCAAUAGAAUCCUGCCAGAAUUUCUACAAAGAUUUCACAUUACAGAUCGACAUGGCUUUCAAUGUGUUCUUCCUCCUCUACUUCGGCUUGCGUUUCAUAGCAGCCAAUGACAAGCUGUGGUUCUGGCUUGAAGUUAACUCAGUAGUAGAUUUCUUCACAGUUCCUCCAGUGUUUGUGUCAGUAUAUUUAAACAGAAGUUGGCUUGGUUUAAGAUUUUUAAGAGCCCUUAGACUGAUACAGUUUUCAGAAAUUUUGCAGUUUCUGAAUAUUCUUAAAACAAGUAAUUCCAUCAAGCUUGUGAAUCUGUGCUCUAUAUUUAUCAGCACAUGGCUGACAGCAGCUGGGUUCAUACAUUUGGUGGAGAACUCAGGGGAUCCAUGGGAAAAUUUCCAAAAUAACCAACCGCUUACAUAUUGGGAAUGUGUUUAUUUACUAAUGGUUACUAUGUCCACUGUUGGUUAUGGAGAUGUUUAUGCAAAAACAACUCUUGGUCGCCUUUUCAUGGUCUUCUUCAUCCUUGGGGGAUUGGCCAUGUUUGCCAGCUACGUCCCUGAAAUCAUAGAGUUAAUAGGAAACCGCAAGAAAUAUGGUGGUUCCUAUAGUGCGGUUAGUGGAAGAAAGCACAUAGUUGUCUGUGGUCACAUAACACUGGAAAGUGUGUCCAACUUCCUGAAGGACUUCCUGCACAAGGAUAGGGAUGAUGUCAACGUAGAAAUCGUCUUUCUGCAUAAUAUCUCUCCUAACCUUGAGCUGGAAGCUCUUUUUAAACGACACUUCACUCAGGUGGAAUUUUAUCAGGGUUCAGUCCUUAAUCCCCAUGACCUGGCAAGAGUAAAGAUAGAGUCAGCAGAUGCGUGCCUAAUCCUUGCCAAUAAAUACUGCGCUGACCCAGAUGCUGAAGAUGCCUCCAACAUUAUGAGAGUCAUUUCCAUAAAGAAUUACCAUCCGAAGAUAAGAAUUAUCACUCAGAUGUUGCAGUAUCACAAUAAGGCCCAUCUGCUAAAUAUUCCAAGCUGGAAUUGGAAAGAAGGAGAUGAUGCAAUUUGUCUUGCUGAGCUCAAGCUGGGUUUCAUAGCUCAGAGCUGCCUGGCACCGGGCCUUUCAACAAUGUUAGCCAACCUCUUCUCUAUGAGGUCUUUCAUAAAGAUUGAGGAGGAUACAUGGCAGAAAUACUAUCUGGAAGGAGUGGCAAAUGAAAUGUAUACAGAAUAUCUAUCUAGUGCCUUUGUGGGUUUGUCCUUCCCUGCAGUUUGUGAAUUGGUGUUUGCGAAACUAAAGCUCUUAAUGAUAGCCAUAGAAUACAAGUCGGAAAAGCGAGAGAGCAGAAGCCGAAAGCGUAUAUUAAUCAAUCCUGGAAAUCAUGUCAAGAUUCAAGAAGGUACUUUAGGAUUCUUCAUUGCAAGUGAUGCCAAAGAAGUAAAAAGGGCAUUUUUUUACUGCAAGGCUUGUCAUGAUGACAUCACCGAUCCCAAAAGGAUAAAAAAAUGUGGCUGCAAACGGCCCAAGAUGUCCAUCUACAAGAGAAUGAAACUGGCAUGUUGUUUUGAUUGCGGACGCUCUGAGCGUGACUGCUCUUGCAUGUCAGGCAGUGUAYAUAGUAACAUGGACACCCUUGAGAGAGCCUUCCCACUUUCUUCUGUCUCUGUUAAUGAUUGCUCCACCAGUUUACGUGCCUUUGAAGAUGAGCAGCCAUCGACACUCUCACCCAAAAAAAAGCAGCGAAAUGGAGGCAUGCGAAAUUCACCCAACUCUUCACCCAAACUCAUGAGGCAUGACCCCUUGUUAAUUCCUGGCAAUGAACAGAUUGACAACAUGGAUGCCAAUGUGAAAAAAUACGAUUCCACAGGGAUGUUUCAUUGGUGUCCAGCCAAGGACAUUGAAAAGGUCAUUCUGACUCGAAGUGAAGCAGCGAUGACAGUUUUAAGUGGUCAUGUAGUCGUCUGUAUAUUUGGGGAUGUUAAAUCUGCUUUGAUUGGAUUAAGAAAUUUAGUGAUGCCAUUGCGAGCCAGCAACUUUCACUACCAUGAACUCAAGCAUAUAGUGUUUGUGGGUUCACUUGAAUACCUGAGAAGAGAAUGGGAGACACUGCAUAACUUCCCCAAGGUUUCAAUCUUGCCUGGUACGCCAUUAAGUCGGGCUGAUUUAAGGGCUGUCAACAUCAACCUCUGCGACAUGUGCGUUAUCCUGUCAGCCAAUCAGAAUAAUAUUGAUGAUGCUUCGCUGCAGGACAAGGAAUGCAUCUUGGCGUCACUCAACAUCAAAUCUAUGCAGUUUGAUGACAGCAUUGGGGUCUUGCAGGCUAAUUCCCAAGGCUUUACACCMCCGGGGAUGGAUAGGUCAUCUCCAGACAACAGUCCAGUCCAUGGCCUGUUACGUCAACCCUCCAUUACGACAGGAGCCAACAUCCCUAUUAUAACAGAGCUAGCUAAGCCUGGCAAACUUCUGCCUUUGGUUUCAAUCAGUCAGGAAAAAAACAGUGGRACCCACAUUCUAAUGAUAACUGAACUGGUAAAUGAUUCGAAUGUGCAGUUCUUGGACCAAGAUGAUGAUGAUGACCCAGACACAGAACUGUAUCUCACACAACCCUUUGCAUGUGGAACUGCAUUUGCUGUCAGCGUGCUGGAUUCCCUUAUGAGCGCAACAUACUUCAAUGACAAUAUCCUCACCCUGAUCCGGACACUGGUAACAGGAGGAGCCACCCCGGAGCUGGAAGCGCUGAUCGCGGAGGAGAACRCGCUAAGGGGCGGCUACAGCACCCCACAGACCCUCGCAAACAGGGACAGGUGUCGAGUGGCACAGCUGGCUCUGUAUGACGGGCCCUUUGCAGACCUAGGGGAUGGAGGUUGUUAUGGAGAUCUAUUUUGUAAAGCAUUGAAAACAUAUAAUAUGCUUUGCUUUGGAAUUUAUCGAUUAAGGGAUGCGCAUCUAAGUACGCCUAGCCAGUGCACUAAACGUUAUGUUAUCACAAACCCACCAUAUGAAUUCGAGCUUGUGCCGACAGACUUGAUCUUCUGUUUGAUGCAAUUUGACCACAAUGCUGGCCAGUCCCGGGCCAGUCUUUCUCAUUCUUCCCAUUCCUCCUAUUCUUCCAGCAAGAAGAGCUCAUCAGUUCACUCCAUCCCAUCAACAGCAAACCGACCGAACCGCACCAAGACCAGGGAUUCACGGGAAAAACAGAAUGCAACAAGGAUGAAUAGAAUGGGCCAAGCAGAAAAGAAAUGGUUUACAGAUGAGCCGGAUAAUGCCUAUCCCAGAAACAUUCAGAUCAAGCCCAUGAGCACUCACAUGGCCAACCAGAUCAACCAGUACAAAUCGACAAGCAGCUUGAUACCGCCAAUCCGAGAAGUGGAAGAUGAAUGUUGACUCCUUGGAGGCCAGAACUAUUUUUUUUAAAGCCUGAUAAACUCCAUGAAUGGUGAUGUGACAUUUAUUCCUCUUACACGCUGAACCACUGCUGGAGACAUUACGAAGGGCGAGCGUUACGGGAAAAUAAAGUAGACAGAUCUUUGUUUGUCUGCCUUUAAUAUUGCUUCCACGUAUUUUGGAAACUAUCUCAUUUAUAAAUGAACACAGUCAGAACUAGUCAUGUAUAGCCUCUAGCGUUUUAAAUUAUUUUUAUUUAUUAGAAAAAUAUAUUUUUUCUU